GGUGCUGAGUGGGUGUGUGCGCGCAGCUCCCUCGACUUCGGUGGUGACAGAGCUCCGUCGGAUAUGGGCGCUUAGUGCUCGACGUCAAGUCCGGAGGCGCAGAGGAGGACCUCCAAGCACCUGGUCGCAGAGAGAACGAUCGCGAACUGUCGAUUAUUACUGGUUAUCAGUCUAGCACAUUAUUUUCUCUAAUCGUCACGAUGCUUUUUAGCCACACUUAGCCAAGAGAGGAGCUAAUCCUGCCCUUCCUGGGAGCUAAAAGGGCCGGACUCCAUUUCGACGGCAGGAAAUACGCAACAGAUUCAAAACCCAGAAGGGCGUCGCCUGCGCACCCCGCCCCCCUCCACAGGGACGGAACGAAACCAAGGAGGCGCUGCGACAGACUGUGCCUGGUUCUCGAGGUUCUAUCUUCCGAAGGGUUGCGUGCUUCAGUUUUGUGAGAAAAAAAUAUGUCAAAUGAAGUAAUUGUGUAAUAAGAAUGUGUUGAAAAAAAAAACUUAAUGUGAUGUGCUCGUUUAUUGUUGCAAUGUGCACUGAAGGUGAUCUGAGGAUGUGUCAGAAAGUGGCGCAGCCUGAGCGCGAGUGAUCGAACCUGAAAUGCCUUUAUUUCGAAAGUGCCGUCACUGAAGCAGUCCCGGAGAUGCCCUUGUCUCGCCUACGCCAAGGGGCACGGCGCGCGCCCGCCCCCGCUGCCAUGGCCCUCUGAGCGCUGCCCGCGAUGUAGCUGCUGCUCGGCGGGCUCCCUGGCUCCUCUCAAAGCCGACGCCGGACGGGCUUCUGAGUGAAUCCUUCUUGCUUCUUCCUGCCUCCCUGCCUAAAGCUCUAAUUCCUUCUGCCUUUUCAAUCGUGUGACUCGCUCUCUGGGACCUGACCUUCCUCAGCUUGCUUCCCGGGAGAGCGAAGGGAGGGAAAGGGCGCGGAGCCGAGAGGCGGCAGGGCCGACAGGAGCGAUCCUCGGCAGGAGCGAUCCUCGGCCGCCUGCCCCGCGAGGAUGAGGAGCCACGUGCUGCUGGUGUGCGGGGCGGUGCUGGCCGUCACGCUGGGCCACGGCGGCAGCAGCCAGAGCGCCUUCAGGGGCUUCCCGAGCGCCAUCCAGAUCGGCCAGAACUCCCGCCACUUCAAGUACUCGCGGCAGCAGCAGGAGGGGGAGGCGGACCUGGAGGGCAAGACCAAGCUCUCCAUCGGCAUCGUCCUGCCCCAUUCCACCUUCAGGAAGAGGCGGUACGAGAGUGCCAUCACGACUGCCAUCAUGAACAUGAAGAGGCACUCGGAGCUGCAGGAAGUCAUGCAGAAGUACCACUUCACCAGCAGGGAGGUGAUCAUGAGCACCAUGUUCGCCUCGUCCAGCCCAACCAGGAUCCUGCACACCCUUUGCGAGGAGUUCCUUCCGCGCAACGUGUCGGCGAUCCUCUACCUGUUCAACUCGGAGUACUACGGCCGCUCCACCGCCUCCGUCCAGUACUUCUUCCAACUGGCGGGCUACCUCGGCAUCCCCGUCAUCGCCUGGAACGCAGACAACUCCGGCCUCGAGAGGGACCAGAGGACGUCGAGCCCGCAGCUGCAGCUGGCCCCGUCCAUCGAGCACCAGGCGGCGGCCAUGCUGUCCAUCCUGCAGCGGUAUUCGUGGCCCAAGUUCGCCGUGGUGACGUCGCUGAUCGCGGGCCACAACGACUUCAUCCAGGCGCUGCGGGAGCUCGUGCUGGAGCUGCCUGAGAAGGGCUCUGGCCAGGAGUUCACCAUCACCAACACGAUCCGCGUGAGCGACCCGGACACCGACCUGAUGGAGCUGGUCAGUUCGGAGGCGCGGAUCCUGUUCCUGUACUCGACGCGCUCGGAGGCGGCGGCCAUCAUGGACAGGGCCACGCAGCUCGGCCUCACAGGGAAGAACUACCUGUGGAUCGUCACCCAGAGCGUCAUCCAGAGCCGGACGGAGGCGCCGCCGGAGUUCCCCGUCGGGAUGCUCGGCGUGCACUUCGACACGGGAAACGACGCCAUGAUCGAGGAGAUCAAGACGGCGAUGCAGGUGUUCAUCUGGGGCUUGGCGGACCACGUGCGCGACGAGGCCACGAGGGGCGUGCUGCCCGACCUGGCGCCGCACCUCUCCUGCGACACCGGCGACGCCCGCUGGAGGGGAGGCGAGAAGUUCUACAGAUUCCUGAAGAACGUGAGCAUCGACCUCCCCGACGGCGGGUCGACCCCCAACCUGGAGUUCAACUCGGACGGCACCAGGAAGGCGGUCGAGCUCAAGAUCAUGAACCUCAGGCCUGAUAUGUCCAACAAGUUUGCCUGGGAAGAGAUCGGCGUGUGGAAGUCGGUCCUCCACGGCGGCCUCGAAGUCAAGGACAUCGUGUGGCCCGGGUACUCGCACGUCCCGCCCAACGGCAUCCCGGAGAAGUUCCACCUCAAGAUCACCUUCAUGGAGGAGCCUCCCUUCAUCAACAUGGACCCCCCGCACCCCGUCACCGGCAAGUGCACGGCCAACAAGGGCGUGCCGUGCAGGAUCGCCUCGGACGAGAUGAUGCAAGGCGUCAACGUGACCUGGGCGAUGCGCAACUCCAGCUACUACCGCUGCUGCUCCGGCUUCUGCAUCGACCUGCUGGUCAAGUUCUCGCAGGACCUCGGCUUCUCUUACGACUUCUUCCGGGUGGAGGACGGCAUCUGGGGCGCCAUUGUGAACGGGAAGUGGACCGGCCUCCCGGGAGCCAUCAUCAACGGCAAGGCUGACAUGAUUAUGACGUCGUUCAAGAUCAACUCACAAAGGGAGGAGGUGCUGGACUUCACGGUGCCCUUCCUGGACACGGGCAUAGCCAUCGUGGUGGCCAAGCGGACGGGCAUCAUUUCGCCCACGGCCUUCCUGGAGCCCUUCGACACGGCCUCGUGGAUGCUGGUGGCGCUGGUGGCGAUCCAGGUGGCUGCCGUGUCCAUCUUCCUGUUCGAGUGGCUCAGCCCCUCGGGGUACAACAUGAAGCUCCAGGCGCCCCAGAAUCACCGCUUCUCCCUCUUCCGGACGCUGUGGAUGGUGUGGGCUAUCCUCUUCCAGGCCGCCGUCAACGUGGACUGCCCCCGGGGGUACACUGCCAGGUUCAUGGGCAACGUGUGGGCCAUGUUCGCCCUCAUCUUUCUGGCCAUCUACACGGCCAAUCUGGCCGCCUUCAUGAUCACCCGCGAGGAGUUCUACGACCUGUCCGGCAUCGAGGACAAGCGCCUGCAGAACCCGACGUCGAUGAAGCCGCCGUUCAAGUUCGCCACGACGCUGCAUGGCAACACCGACGUGCUCAUGAAGAAGUCGUUUCCGGUCAUGCACGCCUACAUGAGGCAGUUCAACCAGUCGAGUCCUCUGCAGGGCAUCCGCGCCGUCAAGAAGGGGAAGCUGGACGCCUUCCUGUACGACGCCACGGUGCUGGAGUACCUGGUGGGGCAGGACGACGAGUGCCGCCUCCUGACCGUGGGCUCCUGGUACGCGCUGACGGGCUACGGCGUCGCCUUCGCCAGGAAGUCCAAGUACUUGGAAAUGUUUAACGAGCAGAUAAUGAAGUACCGAGAGAACGGGGACCUCGAGAGGAUCGCCAGGUUCUGGUUCACGGGCGCCUGCAAGCCCAACAAGCAGCAGAAGUCCUCGAGCAAGCCCCUGGCCCUCGAGCAGUUCAUGUCCACCUUCCUCCUGCUGGGCUGCGGCAUCCUGCUCGCCCUCCUGCUGCUGGGCCUCGAGCACGUCUACUUCAAGUACUUCCGCCAGUACGUGGCCAGGUCGGAGACGGGCACCUGCUGCGCCCUCCUCAGCAUGAGCAUGGGCAAGUCGCUGAGCUUCCCCGGGGCGGUGUUCGAGAGCCAGGACGUGCUGCGGGCGCACCGGUGCCAGGACCCGCUGUGCGACACCCACCUGUGGAAGGUCAAGCACGAGCUGGACAUGGCGCGCCUUCGCAUCCAGCACCUGGAGAACCAGCUGGUCGACCACGGACUCCGGCCGCCCCACAAGAACUGCGGCGCCGGCGCGGACCCCUGCUGGGCGCCCCCCGGCAUCCCCCUGGACCUCCACGGCGGCCAAGACGAGUAUGACGACGGGGAGCUGUCCACCGCCUCCGCCCCCGCCGACUUCAGGAGGCCGCGAGACCUGACGCGGAACCACGUGGCCAACAACGAGCCCAUCAGAGGCCCUCUCCUGGCCGCCGCGAGCAGCAGCAGCAGCGGCGGACGGAGGUACCGGCGGCUGGAGGUGGCUGAGCUGGAGACGGUGCUGUGAUGGCCCCGUCGCUGCGCCGAAGGGAGCGUGCGGACGCGGCGCGGGCGGCGGCGGCGGGGGGCGCGACUCCAAGGGCGCGACGCGACGUGCCAAACGGAGAUGCGAGGCGCCUGCUGUGACGACCGCGACGACAUGUUUGCCAGACGAUUGUGUUCAGCAAAAGUGCUUUUCUUGUGGAAAUGACUGGUAGAUUUAUCCCCUUGGUCAGAAAUAAGUGAUAGAAGUGGAUACAUGAGGAUAUGGUGCUAUUGGUGACGUGAACUGCCGCCCAUCGCCCGGAUGUGCCGGCCGCACGUUGCAGAUGUCGCGCUGAACAGGAAGACUCACUCGGCCACGUUCGAAGCUCAACCUCUGUGAUCCUCGUCUUUCGCCGCUGACGUGAAACCGAGGCUCCCCACUGCGGGCCUGACGCCGGCGGCGAGGCUGUCGCUGUGCCCGUCGCCGCCUCGAAGGGCAGCCGCGCAGCCGAGGAGCGUCGUGCGGCGAUCUGUUCAACUUUGCAUGAAUGCACUUCCGAGUGCAGUUAGAGCAAACACAUGUAUACGACCAGAAUUCAGUAAAGUAGAACACAGGCAAUAUUUUGUAAAUCUUCACAAGCAUCGAG